GGACACUGGCCUGAGCAAACCAUACACCUACAGUGUUCAACGUGACAUCAGCCUCCUGGCUUGAAACAUGAGACUAACAAGGCCUGAUUACGAGAUUGAUUAAUUGUUUUAAAACUGUAAACUGCGAGACGAGCGGAGCCUAAAGAGUAGUGUUGUUUUGGGGCACUUUAAUGAAGACAGUCGGGCGGAGACAGGCUGUUGAGCUUACUGCACAACAGAAUGCGUUAACAUGAGCCAGGACUUUGGACGUAUCCUGCUCGCAAAAAUCCUCCAAUGCAAAAUGAGAUAUCCUGCAUUAUGGACAACACUUGCUCUGCUUCUGCUCUGCGCACAGUCAGCUCGCUCAGGGAGACGAAUAGGCAACAACCCGGGGCGAUUUGCCAACGCAACCUUAGUUCGACUCUCUGACUAUCUGAUGACCGGCUACAAGAAAGGUGUCCGUCCUGUGAGAGACUGGCGCAACUCCACGAUGGUGGCCAUUGACUUCAUGGUGUACGCCAUUCUGAGCGUGGAUGAGAAGAACCAGGUUUUAACCACGUACAUCUGGUACAGACAGAAAUGGGUGGAUGAAUUCCUUGUAUGGAAUCCCGAGGAUUUUGACGAUAUCAAGCAAGUCUCCAUCCCUACAAGCAAUAUUUGGGUGCCAGACAUUCUCAUCAAUGAGUUCGUGGAUGUGGGAAAAUCCCCAGAUAUCCCUUAUGUGUAUGUGGGUUAUGACGGAAAAGUGCAAAACUACAAACCCAUCCAGGUGGUGACAGCAUGCAGCCUGGAUAUCUACAACUUCCCCUUCGAUAUCCAGAAUUGCACCCUGACCUUCACCAGCUGGCUUCACACGACUGCUGACAUUAACAUCUCCUUGAUGAGAACCCCUGAAGAGGUGAUGUCUGACAAGAAUGUCUUCAUGAACCAGGGGGAAUGGGAGCUGCUUAAUGUCCCGUCUCAGUACAUAGACUUCAGCAUUGACGGUACCGACCACUAUGCCGAAAUGAAGUUCUUUGUUGUGAUCCGACGAAGGCCCUUGUUCUAUACUGUCAGCCUCCUGCUGCCCAGCGUGUUCCUGAUGUUGAUGGACAUUGUGGGAUUUUAUCUGCCGCCUGAUAGCGGAGAGCGGGUGUCCUUUAAGAUCACCCUGCUGCUGGGAUAUUCUGUCUUUCUCAUCAUUGUGUCCGACACUUUGCCUGCUACUGCCAUCGGGACGCCACUGAUAGGUGUCUACUUUGUGGUGUGCAUGGCCCUCCUGGUGAUUAGUCUUACAGAGACCAUCCUGAUCGUACGCUUGGUGCACAAACAGGACCUCCAGUCCCAUGUCCCAGAGUGGGUGAAGCACCUUGUGUUAGAGAAAGCCACUGUGCUUCUCUGCAUUCGCAACAAGGAAAAAUUUGGCCCCAUUCCUUCAAGGGGAUGUGACAUGUCCCGAUUCAAGGAGAACAACAUGAAUACAGGCAAAUUCAAUCACCGCACUUGUGAGAAUACCAGAGACUGUGAGAAGUCCAUAGGCAUGGCCCCACCUCUGAGAGACAAUGCCCCAGUGGUGGACAACAUCCUCCAGGAGAUUUCGUCCAUCCGCCACUUCCUGGAGAGGCGAGAGCAGUACAGAGAAAUUGCCAAGGAGUGGCUGCAGGUGGGGUAUGUUCUGGAUGUGCUGCUGUUCCGCGUUUAUUUAGUGGCUGUGCUGGCAUACAGCAUCACACUCGGGACUCUCUGGUCAGUGUGGCAAUAUGCCUGAGCUUGAGAGCUUUGGAAAAACCAGCGUGUGGGCCUCACGUAAAGAUAACCAAUCUGAUUUUGCUGAGGGUGGCCUUGAAAACCUCCAUGCUUACCUUAAUAAGGGCCGCCCCCCCCCCACUCCCUCUUCACAGGAAGUGAAAAAAAUUCCUCCGUCUUUCGUCUACCACUGAUAGAGGUCUCACACAACGCACUGUAAGGAGGGGAAAACAAGCGUUUAAUUUUUCACUCCACAACGUUGGCUAAUAAACCCACAAGGUCAACAAAAAAACAAACUGUGACUGUUUUAGAGAAGGGCUUUACUGCUAAAAACCGGACAAGACUGUCGAGGAGCCGACAUUAGAUUUUCCUUUGCGCCGCGCAACAGCUGCUCUCCACGGGGUUAGCCUGCUCUUCAUUUAGACAUUUCUUGUGAAAGAACACAACGAGAAUCAAAUCGGAUUAAAACAAUAAAACGAAUACUUGUACAUGCAAAAAAAGAGAGGUGGCUUGUGCUUUUGUAUAGACAAUGGUAGUGUGCUUUGGUGUAGAUUUUCACGGGAAAGCCUUUAUAAAAUAAACCUCAGUAGCUGUGUAGUGAGAAUGGCCCAUCUCUACAACAAAAGCUUCUAGUCAUAUUCAUAUUCUGGUUUGUGACAUUUGGAAAACAUGUGAAUGUACUGUAUGUGGGACAAUCUUUGUCUUCUGCCUUUUCUCUGUGUUAUGUUAGACUGUAGUUGUGAUUUUCUACAAUAACAAAAAAUUGAUUCCAAACACUUCCAUGGCUUUAGAAAUUUAGACACAACCUAAGUAAGAAUAUAAAGUUGUCCUGAACGGCUAUUUUAGUUAAUUGGACAAAAUCAUUAAAUCAUUUCAUACAAUAGUGCAUCUCAUUUACUGUUUUAAUAAGGAAAGGGAGAAUGUACUUUAUGGAAGUCAAUUAUUUAUCAUUUGCAAACCCUGUAAAGCAUCUGAGCAAUCACAAGAGAAAAGAAAAACACACUUUUGGAAUGUUAUAAAAGCCAGCUGAAAAUAAAAGUGCAGGUGUGUCAACAUGUGUUGACAAGAUGUCAAUAUAUAAUUUAAUGGCUGUGUGUGGAAUUAAUUUUACUGGUGGAUGUCCACACAGUGGACUUUAAAAAUAUUGUAUUGUUUUCUCCUGUGGAAUCUCCCAUGUAUAUGCAGGGUAUUAAUGUAUUCACCAUGCAAAAAGUCUUUUUAUUCUUGAAAAUGCCUUCUACAGGCAAAUGUUAUUAGGAAGUGUAUUGAAUUUAUAGCUUUUACAUUCAGCUUGUAUAUACAGUUGUAACUUCAGGCAAUGUACUCCAGACUUGAUAAUCUGUAUUCUUCUGAACCAGUUAGCUUUGCAUUACACAUCUGUGCUGCAUUACUAACACUGCCACAGAUACAAUGGAAAAAUUGAAGCAAUUAAUGGCCUCUGACCUGAAAUAAUCUGAGUUAAAUUAUGACAGUUUUAUUUUUAGGACCAUUGUAUAUGUCAUAUAACACUGUUUCUUAUUAUAUGGAAAUAAAAUUUCAUUUUACUCUAA